CAACACCAUCUCUCUCUAGAACUCUUUAGUCUUUACUCUCUGUGGAAGCCCCGUUCCCCUCCCUCUCGCUGAAUCUCUCCAAUCUCAUCUCCGAAACCCUAAACUCGAUUGAUAAAGAAAGAAAUUCAUGGCUCCAACAAAAAAAUAUAGAGGUGUGAAUAAGCGGUUUUUAAACUCCCAUGAAGUUUCUCUUGAUAGAGACAUUGAGAAUUCAACCAAAUCUAGGCAACGAAAGAGGAAGUUGUCUGAUAUGUUAGGAUCUCAAUGGAGCAAGGAAGAGCUUGAGCAUUUUUAUGAAGCCUAUAGGAAGUAUGGGAAAGAUUGGAAGAAGGUAGCUGGUGUAGUACGUAACAGAUCUCUGGAAAUGGUGGAGGCCCUUUACAAUAUGAAUCGAGCAUACCUAUCUCUGCCAGAGGGGACAGCUUCUGUGGUUGGCCUAAUAGCAAUGAUGACAGAUCACUACAAUGUCCUGGGAGGUGGCGACAACGAGAGCAAUGAUGUUUCAGGUACACCUCGAAAAACUCAGAAGCCUGUGCGGGGAAAAGUUCAUCUUAGCAUCUCAAAAGAAGACCUUUUGCAGCCUCCAUCAGUUGCAAAUGAUGGAUGCCUAUCAUUAUUGAAGAGGAGUCUCUCAGAUGGUAUUCGUCCACAUGCUGUUAGGAAAAGGACACCUCGCUUCCCGGUUUCAUGUUCAUAUAAAAAAGACAAUGAGGAAAGUUAUUUUUCUUUGAAUAAAGUAAGCCUGAGAUCAGAUUUGGAUACAACUGAUGAUGAGGUUGCACACGUGGCAGCAUUAACACUAACGGAGGCUUCACUGAGAGAGGGCUCUCAUGCUUCUCAAGCCCCAUUCAGAAGAACAGAGCACAUGAAGGCAUCACCUGUUCAGAGCAGGGAAAGAAUGCCUUCGCAGAUGGUCCAGACCAAGAUUCAUGGUAUUGUGACGGAUGAAGACUAUUUUGAAGGUAAUUUAGAAAGCAGGGGAGCUGAGAAUGGAGAUUACGCUGGAGAUACAUGCUCCUUGAUGGAUUCGGAAUGUGUUGGUACAGUAGUUCUUCAAGAGGGGAAGAAGUUUUGUGAUAAUGAGAAAGUUGAAGAAAUUGGAAACAAUCAGUUUGAUGAUUGUCGGGAAGCAUGUAGUGACACUGAAGGACACAAUAUGAAUCCUGUGAAGAGAAAAAUUGAUACUGAGGUGACAAAUGCUAAAAUUGAGCCCAGCUCUCCAUGUGGUCAAAGGAAGAGGAGCAAAAAACUUUUCUUUGGAGGAUGCCUACAAAAAUUUUGCAGUAUACCACUCCUUUUAGUGUUUGAAAAAGAUGAAAGCUCUGCCUUAGAUGCCCUGCAAACAUUGGCUGAUUUGUCUCUUAUGAUGCCGGACUCUGCUGUAGAAUCUGAAUCAUCUAUACAGUUGAAGGAAGAAAAAAUAACCCUUGAUAAUGUACAUGAAGCAAUGUUGGCAAGCCAUCAAAGGGACAAGAAUAAGCUCAUGGUAGCUAAAGAGAGAGUAGUUAAAGCAAUUCCUGGAGUUGAGGUUACUGCCUCUAUAAAAUACGAACAUGGAAGGGACUCAGCCAUUGAUGUUAAUGCUCUUUCAGAAGCACAGCAACGACCUGAAUCUAACAAUAAACAAUUGAAAAGGAAAGACAAGUCCUUGGCAUCAAAGGCCUUAGCUGAAGAAGAGAAUAAAUCUAUGGUUAAAGGUAGACAUGCUGGUCAAAUUGCUGCUCUGUCAAAACAAUGGAAAUCUGUCAGACCUCUUUCUCUAAAUAGUGAUCAGAAAGAAGCAAGGAAUGAUUUAGCAGGUUCCACUGCAAGCCAUGUUAACUUACCAACCAAACAGAGAAGUAGGCGGAAGAUGCAUCUGAAGAAAACAUUGAUCCAGAAAGAGAUGAAGUCUCCUGAGAAUAGUUUUAGUAAACAAUCCAGUAAAUACUCUACUUCACUACAAUACAGCACAGACUACCUAAAGAAGAAGAUUUCUUGUUCCUUAUCAUCUUACAUGGCACGUAGAUGGUGCACUUUCGAGUGGUUCUACAGUGCAAUUGAUUACCCUUGGUUUGUUAAAAAAGAAUUUGUAGAGUACUUAGAUCAUGUUGGACUGGGGCACAUUCAAAGACUAUCUCGUGUGGAAUGGGAUGUCAUAAGAAGUUCCCUUGGCAAACCUCGAAGGUUUUCUGAACGCUUUCUACAUGAAGAAAAAGAGAAACUUAAACAGUAUCGGAAGUCUGUUAGGACUCAUUAUACUGAGCUUCGUACUGGUGCCAGGGAAGGACUUCCCAGAGAUCUAGCGCGACCUUUAUCAGUUGGACAACGAGUAAUUGCUCUUCAUCCCAAAACGAGAGAAGUUCAUAAUGGAAGUGUACUCACAGUUGAUCAUGACAAGUGUAUGGUUCAGUUUGACCGUGCUGAGAUAGGAGUUGAAUUUGUCAUGGAUAUUGAUUGCAUGCCUUCAGAUCCAUUGGAUAAUAUGCCAGAAGCUCUUAGGAGACAGAAUUCUACUGUGGACCAGUUCCUUGUGAAUUCUAAAGAGCAGAAAGUGAGGCAUCUUGUGAAUGCACAUACUCCCAUGAAUUCUUUGAUAAAGCAGGCAAAGGAAGCAUUGUUGAUGGAGCUUAGGCAUGCAAAUAAUGAUGUAUUGGGGAAUGAAGACGGGUUUCUAAAAGAUUCUGAAUCUUUGAAGAAGCAUUGUGCCAUGGUACUUGUACAUCUGAAGGAAGUUUCUUCUGCUCUUCUUUACUUGAGGCAAUGUGAAGCUUAUCCAGGAAACACCCUUCCUCCCUGGUUGACAACCUCAACCAUUUCUAGUGGUCCUCUUAUGCCCCCAAGUUCUCUUGAUAAUCCAUCAUCCACCUCUCUAGAACCAGGAUUUAAUGUUGGGGAAAUUGUCUUGGGCUCACGAUCAAAAGCUCAUAAAAUGGUACAUGCAGCUAUGAAGGCAAUAGCAUCGAUGAAGCAAGGGGAAGAAGCGUUCACCAGGAUUGGAGAUGCUUUAGAUUCUAUGCACAAACAGCAAUUGAGAUCUGAUUCUGGGGUCUCAGUAUUGCGGGUAUUGGAUCCAGUCAAUGGCUCCUUUGCUCAUCCCAACCAGCUAACUUCCUUUACAUCAGAGCCUCUGCUGACAAGUCAUGCAUCUGGUCCAAAAUUGCCUAAUGAUUCUGGCAAAAUAGAAGCACCAAUUGCAUCGGAGCUUAUCACUUCAUGUGUAGCUGCUUUGCUCAUGAUACAGACAUGUACUGAACGACAGUAUCCGCCAUCUGACGUUGCACAGAUAUUGGAUUCCGCGAUCAUCAGCUUACAUCCGGGCUGUCCUCAGAACCUCCCAAUCUACCGAGAGAUAGAAAUGUGCAUGGGAAGAAUCAAGACCCAGAUAUUAGCUCUUGUACCGACUUUACAUUGACACUGGCUAUUUGUCAUUAGAAGCAUGUAAAUAUGAAGCUGAACUGAACUCCUAUUUUCAGCUUCGGUUUCCAGUAAUAUUUCUUAUUUGUUUCUGUAAUUUCCUCAGAAAUCAAAAGCUAUACCAGUGACAGAGUCAGAAGGAUUGAGGUCCACAGAGAAUGAGCCAGCACUGAAAUUUCCACCUAUCAUCAAUAAUGACCAUGCAAGGAAAUAUUUGUAACCAUAACUAGAUGUUGAAUUGAGGCCCACAGAGAAACAACAUGUGAGCUGUUCUUUCAUUAGUAGAAUUAUUAAAACUUGUUUUGCUCAUCUACCAUGGCAAUGAAAAUGUUGUAACUUGUCUGAA